CACUGGCUCCUCCCCCUCCCAGCCUCCCUUAUGAACUGUACACAAGCCGCUGUCACUGAGCUUGACUCACACCAGGCAAGAGAAAUCUUUCCACUUAAUGCCCGGGCAGCCGCACUUUCUUUUUUCUUUGUGUAUGUUUUACUAUAGCAGUCCUCACUAAAUACCAGAGCGAUUGGAUUUCAUCAGCAAAAGGACACCACCACCACCACCACGCCCCCCAAAAAACAGUGCUAAAAACUUAAAUCUGUUAGAAAAAGUUACUUUUUAAGUUUUUAUAUGAAAGGAGAAAGUUUUCGUGUCGUUUGAAAGGAAAUGAGAAUCAUCUUGAUUUUAGCCAAAUAGAUUGGCCUCUUGCUGUGCAUGAGAAGUCAUAUUGGUUAAAAAAAAAAAUUUUUUUUCAGGAAUCAUAACCAUGAGAAAUUAGGUAUUUUAUGAGUAAAGUCAGUGUUUUCCAUGCAAGUCAGGACCAGAGUGUACUUACCUGGUUCUUUCUGGCUGCCUUUUGGGUGACUGAUCAAGGGAAUAAAAUGCCUUAGUGGCUUUCCAGUCACCACUAGACUGAAUACCAUGUCUGCCACCUCAGAGAAAGACAACAGCCACCUGUUCACCUGUUUGAGCAUGUGUCAGCCAGGAAGCUGCAGGAAGCUGCAGGAAGACCAGCAACAGCCAGAAAAAUCUGUGAUUGCUCAACCAAUAUUUGUUUUUGAAAAGGGAGAACCAACGUUUAAGAGACCCGCAGAAGACACCGUGCGUGAAAUGACAGAACGUGAAUGCAAUGGUUUCUCAAGAAAGCGUGUAAGGUCUUCAUCUUUUACUUUGAAUACUGCAGAUUCUCAAUCCCAAGAAGUGUCAACCUUGUCUCAGAAGCGCCUGAGGUCUUCAUCCUUCACUGACCUCCCAACCUUCCCUCCGACUGGGCCAGUGAGAAAAAACAAUGUCUUCAUGACAUCAACUCUUGUACAAAGGAAUGUUGGUAUUAGGAGUGGAGAACAAGGUCCCGUGAAACAUUCUGAACCCGUUCUAAGGCCCGCUAUUCUACAGCCACCUCAAGCUCAAAGCUGUGAGAAAAUAAAACAAACAUUAUUGUAUAAUGUGUCAGAAUCUUGUGAAACUAAAGGAAAAACAAAACAAAACACAAAGAACUCUGAGGGGAAUUCCAAUUUAUUAAGUGAAAAUUUACCAAAUGCCAGAAUUUCAGUCCAGUUGUCUACUGGCCAGCAUUUUUUAGGGACAACCUCAAUAAGAUGUCAACUGAAUGAAGAUAAAUCUUCUUUUAAGAGAUGCAGUUCUGACUUCGUUUUUGGAGAAAAUAUGGUAGAAAGGGUUUUGGGGACUCAAAAACUCACCCAGCCUCAACUUGAAAGUGAUUCAGAUAACAAGGGAAAAACAUUCAAAUCCAUUCUGAAAUUUCCUGUCAACUCCCCCAAUUCAAGAACAGAUUCUAUGAAAAAUGCAUCCCUAAUUGAGUCCGCUGCUGUUUUCUCUUCCCAACUAUCACAAAAAUACUUACUGGAGAAAGUUAAUGUUAUAACGGGAGAGGAAGCAGAACAUAAUGUGUUAAAGAUCAACUGCAAGAUUUUUAUAUUCAACAAAACAACACAAUCAUGGACAGAAAGGGGCAGAGGAACUCUGAGACUGAAUGACACAGCAAGCAGUGAUUGCGGAACAUUUCAGUCAAGACUGAUUAUGCGUAAUCAAGGUAGUCUACGGCUGAUCCUCAAUAGCAAACUCUGGGCUCAAAUGAAGAUUCAAAGAGCAAACCACAGAAAUUUGCAAAUAACAGCUACGGAUUUAGAAGACUAUAAGAUCAAAGUAUUUUUAAUUCAAGCCAGUGCCAAAGACACAGGAUGUCUAUACGCAGCAAUCCAUCAUCGCCUGGUUGCCCUUCGAAGCUUUCAUAAGCACAAGGAUGUCAGUCAAGCUGAGAGCCUGCCAGAAACAGCUCUCCAACAGUUCAACUGCGAGAGCUGUGAUGAGGAAGAGGAGGAUUUCAUUCAAGUCACUGAAAAAGAAUCAGAUCCUUCUAGGUGGACCCACAGACAGUCAGUUGCCUGUUCAUGAGCACUACCUACUAUAAACAUGACAACAUCUGCAUAAAGAUUGGUUAAUCUACGGAAAUGCCAACCCAUGCUAACUAACUGAGAAGAUCCUAUUCAUUCCUUGGAGAGUUUUUAGAGUAAAACUGAAGGAAUAUAAUUUGUUGCAAUAAAAAUUUUCCUCUGAUGUGCUACAUCUUGAUUAUGGUGAAAAAAAUUACAGAAUUUAAGAAAUAGGCCUUAGAGGUUCAAAAUGCAUCGUUUUCCUGAAAACACAAACACCUUAGGCUAGGAUUUGAUAACUAAUUUGGACUUCAUUACAUUGAUGGAUGUAAUACUUAAUAUUAGAAAUUUUGGAUUUGAUAAAUAUCUAGAUAAAAUUAUUUCCAGUCAUACAUUGGUCAAAACUAGUAAUUUAGUUAAUAUUAAGAAAUUUGUUUAUACUUUAAUCGCAUGAUUUCAUUAAAACAUGUUCAUUGUCUGAGAAAUUUAUAUAUAUUCAUUUAGCUUUUUGAUUUCCAAGUACUAUAACAUGUACUUACAUAUUCAACUGUGAAUGCCUUUACAAAAGUAUCUGUUCUUGGGCUGUAUCCAUUGCAUUGUUGGCUAAUGCAUAAUUGUUGAAUAAUAAACAAAAUAUGACAUUA